AUGAGUCGACCGGGGCAGUCCCCUUUGUCCGGAGAGCGCUCACAUACAAAGUCUGCGGCCCAAACAAGCCACGCGCAACCGUAUCUCGCAAAAUUUGGUGCCAUCGAUCACCGUCACAGCAACAACAAACGAGACAAUCCUCGAAAGCGGUUCACUUCACCCAGGACUCCAGAAAUCAACAAGAGAAUGACGGUUGACGUUUUGUCUACUCCCAAACGGAGCGAGGUGCUGAGCGAAGAAAUCGACACCCGCCAUUUGCACUCGUUCGGUAACGCGAGCUUUGAUUCCAAGCAGUCCGAGUCGACUUGUCCAUUGGCCGCUCCCGUAACGGACGAUGCGUCGGACUGCGGAACGGAGGCUUCGAUGUCCUCGGUAGCUUUCUUGCGCUCGAAACUCAAUAACUUUGGCAAACAACAAAGAGAGCACUACGAGAAGACGUCAUGCAAGCCAGAACCAAGUUCCCUGGUGAAACCGACACGAUCUCGUGUUCCUCGGACCACUGCGAGUUCCGUCCCACCGACUCCAUUGCCACCCACUUCCGCGAGCGCGUUGCAAAAGCGUCUCGACGCCGCACACAUGGCUCGGUUCCGCCAAACUCCUAUCCGCAUCAAACCUCAAGUGAAGAACGACGACGUACAGGCAACGAAUGACGGCUACGCGUCGGUGGCCAAGCUCUCCAAGUGGUUGGCAGACGAUCCGACCAAAGUGAAGCAGACCAUUCACCUACGACGCGGUGCCAACGUUAUUGCCAAAUCACGCGUCUUUGACAAGGGGCUUGCCAACGUUAUUGUGGAAGAUCACCGUAUACGGCAGGGAUCGGUUGCGGACAAAGCGAGCAUGUUUGCCAGCUUGAAAGCACACCGCAGCAACUGUUUGUCGGAAGAUGCUGACGAGACUUCAAGUAUGAUUUCUGCAUCUCAUUCGGGGCCUGUUCGGCAGCCACCGCCUCCGUCGAAGUUGGAAGAAGACAUUACACCAGUAGACUUCCAGACUGCCCGACGCAAGCUUGUUGAACGAUCUAAGGACAAUGGCAAUGACGUCUCAAUCUUGUCCAAAGUCUCACGCCGUAAGGCCAAGAUUGAAACGAAGGAGAAAGAAGUGUCUCGGCGCAUGUCCUUGGCUCCACAAGAAUUGUUAACGAAGUCUUCUUGGGACGAAAACUCGCUCGGUUCGUACGUCAAAAAGUCGGUUCCGGAGGAAAUGGCGGCAAGAAAGACUCUAGAGGAGCUUCCGUAACACGGGGCAGCCUGUAGUCUGCAUCCCGGUUACUCAACCGCACAACAAUAUAUACAACUUAUGCAUUCUUUAGUACCUUAGUUUCACACUUU